AUGCCAACACCACUUCCUUCGAGUUUUGCUUCGGCCGCUGCUGGCAACACCCAGGACGCCAGUAGACGAGGGGACGGCUCCUCUGCCAGUGGAGAAUGGUCCCGAACCCGCAUGAACGGAGCCACCCAGACAUUCCGUCGUCCGUCCGGUGCGACGAACCCUUCUCACCACCGCGAGAGCAGCCAGCCGGCCUCAGCUUCGACUCCCACUGCCGCCGGAGCGUACAUCCCUCCCCACAUGAGCUCAAAUCCCUUGUCCGGCACGCUGCGCAACGGUGAAGCUCGGUACUCCAAGGAGCAACUUCUAGACUUCUAUAAGGUGCAGCGGGAGACUGGAUCCUUGGGCAAGAACGUGGAGGAAUAUUUCGUCGCCGACUGGGACCCUCAAAUGGUGACACCUGCGGCGAACGGGGCGUGGGGGAAACGGGACGACCACAAGAAUAGCUCCACUGGACCCGAGGUCUGCUGGGAUCAUGAGGGUCAGGUCGAGCCCCUGGGGCUUACGGAGAUGACGGACGAUGAGAAAGAGUUGUUCUCUGCCUCCGUCAACUCUCCUCUGAAGCCGCCACCGUCAAGUGCCUCCAAGGAACCCGCCGCUCCUGGAGUGGGAGGCCGCAAAUCCUCCAUCUCCUAUACCCAGGGCCAUAUGAAUAACUACAAUACCUCUUCACCGACCACGGGGCGCCCUGGCCCCCGACGCCGCGAAACGAGCGAAUCCACGGGCAACCCCAUGUCUCCUACCGCCGGGUCAAACUCUCGCUUCUUCCGCGAAGAGGCCAGUACCUCCACCCCGCCACCUGCUCUCCUGCGCCGCAAGACAGAUUUUCGAGAUGCGCCAACUGCGGACAAGGCGAAAGAUCCAACCGGCCGGGAGGGGGGCCCAGAUGCUCCCUAUGGGUCUUUGAAACGCAGUACCACCAACCCCUUGGGUGCAGGUGCCAGCGGGUCGAGUUCCCCUUGGGGAACGGCCUCGCAGAAUGCGAACUUCUCCCCCAUGGGCGCAUUUGGAGCUUUCUCUCUUGGUGGUGCCAGCGCGACCCAGGCGGCCCCGGCCGAGAAAAAGGCAGGAUAUGGCAGUCUGCGCGGGGAAAGCAGGUUCAAGGGCCUGCUUUCCAAGGAUAGCUCGGAGGACAUCGCUGGGUCGGCAAAGGACAAGCCUUCGCUGAGCAACCUGGAACGACUCACUGAGAACGACAGUGGCAGCCGCUCCCAGUCGCCCUGGGGGGACGCUGUCAAGACCCGCACCGGCCGCAGCGACACGAAUCCGUUCGAGGAGGGUCGCAGUGGAAGCGCCGCCCUUGGCGGGUCUCAGGAUGUCGAGGCACCUCCCCAGGUGGCGGAUCAUGGUUUUGGCGCAUUUGGCAUGACCUCCAGCAUCCCCGGUUUCCGCGAGUUGAUGCAAAGCCAAGAGAAUUCACGCAAUCCAACUCCCAGUCUCCUCCAAGGCCACGAACCCACCAGCCCGACCAACACGAACCCCUUUCACAGCCCGCACGGCGAUCGACAAAAUGCGGAGGACGUGGAUACUGACGGGUCAGACAUUCAGCAUUCUCAACACGCGGGCUUGAGUGGUCUCCGUGACACCUCCAAUCCGUUUGGUUCGAUGAGACGCGUUGGAUCCGGAAUGGACCUUCCCACCGUCGAUCGCAGCCAAAACUCCAGCGCCAACGCGAACCGUGGCUUUUCGGGGCUUGGUGGCCUGGGUGGUCUCCCUUCUCUGGGGACAUCCUCCGGUUGGCCAUCCAGUGGUGCUGUCGGUACCCCGACUCGCGAACGUUCCGCGUUUCCGGGCGGCUUUGGUGAUCCGAUCUUUGGUUCCAUGGGCGAUCUGCCAUCUCCCAGCUUAGCGAACCUUGGGGGAGGAGGUCUUUUCAGUCCACAUGCGGGCGUUGCUGGCUCCGGCAGUAUCGGACGAUCGAGCAAGCUUGGCGCCCUGUUCUCGACCAUGCAGGACGAGCAAGGCAUGCCAGACAUUGGCGAGAUGGAUGACGGACAGCAGGUGGACAAGCAGGCGAGUCAAGCUGGUUCCAACUCUGCGUCGGAGACCCCCGUUUCCAAUCUUGGUGCUAUCCCAGCCAACAUGGCCGCCCACGAUGUACCAAGUCAGACGCCUGGUGGAACCAUGUCGGCUGCUCAGCAGCGGAUGAUGGUGAUGCCCGAUCGAAUGCGCUGGAUCUACCGCGAUCCCCAAGGAAACAUCCAGGGACCCUGGACAGGUCUUGAGAUGCACGAUUGGUUCAAGGCGGGUUUCUUCAGCCCCGAUCUGCAGAUCAAGAAGCUCGAAGAUCCGGAGUUUGAGCCUCUUGCGCAGUUGGUACGACGCAUUGGGAACUCUCGCGAGCCAUUCCUUGUGCCGCAGAUUGGUAUUCCUCAUGGCCCAGAUCCCACCGGCGGAACGCAGUGGACUGCCAACAGCACCGCGGGCAACGCUCAGCCACCAUUCCCUGGCAGUUUCCCCAGCUUUGGCACUACCUUGACGGCUGAGCAGCAAAAUGCAUUGGAGAGGCGAAAACAGGAAGAGCAGUACCUUAUGGCGCGGCAGAAGGAGCAUCUCGCUCAGCAGCAAGCUAUAAUGAAGCAGAUGCACGUCCCAGGUGCUCCUCCUUCCCUGCAGCCCCAGCUCCAGCAUCAAUCCAGCGCGCACAGUCUUCACAGCCAACCUAGCUUUGGCAGCAUCACCUCCCCGGUCGGCUACCAACCAUCUCCGAUUCAGGCCCCUCUGCAACAGCAGCAGCAAACCCAGCAGGGAGUCCCUGGCUUCUUUGAUGCGGCCGGCUCUAUCAGACAGGGCGGUGGAUUGCCUAAUGUCGGUCCGGGAAUGCUUGGAACGGAACUCGGUGGCAGUCAGGAUCAGCUCCCAGCCCUACUCGAUCGCCUGAACGUGGGUCGCCAGGACCCAUUUGCCUUUGGAAGUCCUACUUCGUUUGCUGCCCGUCAGCCUGACAACUUCGUCCAGUCCCAGCAGGUUGCGUCGAUGCUUCAGGACCGCGCUCAGCUGCAUCAAGAGCAAGAGCAAUUUGACAAGGCGAAUUCCAAUGAUCCGUUCGAUCAGCAAGCACGCGAGGAACGACUUCGCCAAUUCCAUGCUCUCAGAGCUCAAGAAGGCGAGCUCGGUGGUCUUCCUACUCAUCCUGCCGGGGCAGCCACCCAACAGCAACUUGAAGCUGAAGCUGCCGCUGGCUCAGAAGUGGCAGCUCAACAACUCGCUGAAGCUGGUGUUGCACCCCCUCUAACUCUCACCCAGCAGGUCCAGAAGACUGCAUCCGCUCAGCGGCAGCAGCAGGAGGAGGAGCAGGCACAAGGGCCUUCUGAGUCGGCCUGGGGAACCAUUAAACAAGACCAUGCGAUGCCUCAACCGUUCCCUCCACCGCCCUCCGCGUCGCCUCUGCCCGCGCCUGCCGCGCAGCGCAACCGCCAAUACGUGGCUGAAUCUCUAGCUGCAGGUUCCCGUUCCCAGACUCAGACUCCCGUUGACGCUCCGGCUACCUCUGUCGCCCCGUGGGCCAAGGAGACUCAUGAUUUGCCCAAGGGUCCGUCUUUGAAGGAGAUCCAAGAAGCCGAAGCUCGCAAUGCCGCCCAGCGUGAGGAGAUUGCCGCUGCCGCGCGCCGUGCUCAGCUACUCGCCGAACAAGAGCGUCUCAGUCAAGUCCAAGCUCAGGCCGCUCCUGGUCUCCCCUCGUCCGCCAACUGGGCCAGCGCCGGAUCACCUGCAACCCCGACGUCUGCUGGUUCCGUGUGGAGUAGCAAAGCUCUUCCCGUGGCAACCAACACCGCCACCAAGAAGACUCUCGCGCAGAUUCAGAAGGAAGAGGAGGCUCGCAAGCAGCGCCUGGUUGCUGCCGCGGCCUCUGCGGCCCAGACCGCGACUCCUAGCCCUCCCAUGUCCGCUGGCAAGCGGUACGCUGACCUCGCAAGCAAGGCCCCUGCCCCUGUUGCUCCCGGCGCCGUGGCCUCCUCUGGAGCCUGGACUACUGUCGGCGCAAGCGGCAAAGCCAAGGCCCCUCCCAAUGCGCCGCUUGGCCCGCGCUCCGUGAGCGGAACUGUUCCUAUCGCACCUGCUGUUGCUGCUGCGAAGGUCCGCCCUGCCGCUGGCACUCGCACUGUGACGACUGGGAGCCUGCCGCAGUCCAACUCCAGCAAGGCCGUUGAGGAGUUCACCAAGUGGGCGAAGCUGGCACUGGGCAAGGGGCUGAACACGAACAUCAAUGUCGACGACUUCGUCCAACAACUACUCUUCCUGCCUGCCGAGACCGAGAUCAUCUCUGAUUCGGUCUACGCCAACUCCCAGACCUUGGACGGUCGCCGCUUCGCCGAGGAAUUCAUCCGUCGCCGCAAGCUCGCCGACAAGGGUAUCGUCGACGCUGUCUCCCCGGGUGCCUUUGGCGAGCAGAAGAACGGCGGCGGCUGGAGUGAGGUCGCUAAGAAGGGCUCCACGGCGAGCAUUGCUGCCGCUGCUGCUGCUGCCCAGCGCGAGGAGGAGAGCAGUGCCGCAUUCAAGGUCGUUGCGCCCCGGAAGAAAGGCAAGCGGUAA